UCUCGACCUGCAGCCCCUGCCGGCCCCCCUUGCCACCCACCCCACAGCCCCACCCGCCCAGCCCUGCGCCCCCCCUCACUCCCAACCUGCAGCCCCUACUAGCCCAGCCCUGCCGGCCCCAUUCACUCCCGCCCCACAGCCCCUGCUGGCCCAGCCCUGCUGGUGUCCCUCACUCCCAAUUCGCAGUCCACACCAGCCCUGCCCUGCCAGUCCCCGUCACUCCCAACCUGCAGCCAUUGCUAGCCCAGGAAUCCCUCAUUGAAUGUUGACUUCUAGCAUGCUGCAUAAUCCUGCAAUUCUAUUACCCACAACCAUUCGGGAACUCAGGGCCCCCUGACCCCACUCCCUCGCCCUCACAGAGCCAAGGCAAGAACCCAGGAGUCCCGGCUCCCAGGCCCCCCCAGCUCUAGCCCACCAGACCCCACUCCCCUCACAGAGCUGGGGAGAGAACCCAGGAGUCCCAGCUCCCUCUCUGACACUUUGCAGCACUGACACGCAGAAACCUCCACACUCGCCUCCCUGGUGCCUGGCCCCCGAGGAGCUGCCCGAUCCCUGCUGCGGUGCCCAGAUUGGCUCCUUGCUGGCUGAGGCUGAGGAUUUAGGCUCAACCUUUCCUCCCGCCCCCAGCCCAGGCAGCCAGGCCUGUCCCCACCUGCCUGGGUGUGGUCUGGGCCCUGCCCUACUUAACCAGCCGAGCCAGGGGAGGGCUGAGCUGUGCUGCCUGUGCCUAGCUGUUCUGCCCUGGGGACCCGCCAGCCAGUCUCGGAUCCAGGAUGCAGCCAGUCACCACCGGCUUCCUGCUGCUUUUGGCAGACCCAGCAAGCCCCUUCUAUUACGACUGGCACCGCCUGCGGGUCGGAGGGUUGAUCGCCGCUGGCAUUCUCUGCGCCCUGGGGGUCAUUGUGCUGCUCAGUGGAAAAUGCAAAUGCAAAUUUAACCGCAAAGCCAGGCGGCCGAAUGAGUCCCCUCACCUCAUCACCCCCGGCAGCGCCAGUAACAGCUGAACCAUGAUGGUCCCGGUGCCAGGUCUCGCCCGCGGCGCUGGCUCCUUGCUGGGAUGUCCCGUCUCCCCAUCCCGGGAAGCAGGAGUGGGAGAAGUUUUUUAACUGAACUUUCCACUCUGUGGAAUAAAAGUCUCCUGACCUUGAAA